CAUGAAGCGUUAAACCCCCAUGAUAAAUACAGAGGCAAAUUCUCUCCCUCUCUCUCUAAGUUGUAUCCAAGAGACGAAGACGAGAAGAAGGAAAAAGGCAGUCAGCUAAAGGUAACGCAGGCAGUAUCUCUCUCUCUGGCUCCAUGCUCCAGCCCGACGUCAAAGUAUCCUGCGAAACUAUCGCCGGAAACUAUGGUUUCCCGGCCAAAGUCAAUUUCCAUGCGAAACUUGAAGUGAAGGUCUCCAGUAAAACUCCUGCCGGAAAACCUGAUUUUCUGGUGAAACCCCUAGCGCCUUUGGCCCAACCUAACUCGGAAACCACCUCUGAAAUCCUAACCUGGAAUGAUACUUUUCAGGCAAAAGACAACUUUCCGGCAACGGGAAAAGAGACCCAAUCCAUUCCCCAUCGCGAUACCCUGGCCGGAAUUCUCAAUCUUCCGGAGAAACCCACCUCGCCUUCUGAUUCAUACACUGUAACCAAAGAAGAAGAGAAAGAUUGGAUAUUCAAGAAUGCCUCGUUUCUUCAUAGGAAUGAAUCAACAAAGGGGUCAAGCUCUCGUCGCUUAAAGCACAAGUUAACGGUUAUUGGGUUGCCUGAAACUCAAAAUUCCGGCUACUUAUCCUGCAAAUUCCGGCCAAAUGUCCGCCCAAAACAGCCAUUAUUCAUCCCAAAACGAACGGCCUCUCCCUUACGUGAACCUUCAUCGCCAAAAGUCUCUUGUUUAGGGAGCAUAAAGCUUAGACGAAGCCAAAAACAAAGAAGAAGGACUGUAAAAGAAGCUGUUCCUCCUCCUUCUCCGACCAGAAAGCCUGGUUUUUGGUCCAGGGUUAAGAGGCUUAUCCGCUUCAGUCGUCGAAAAAAAGAUAGCAGUCAAAUUCCUGCCGUUGUGGGUCAUUUUCCGGCACAGGAGGGCGAGAUUCCGGCGAUUGUUUGUCAGAUCCCAGCAUCAUCGCCGCCGCGUUUGUCAGAGUUGAAGCGUUUUGUUUCCGGGAGAAAGGCGGCGUCUAUGGGCGUUUUGGACUUCGAAAUGGCAAAAUACGCCGAAAGAUUGGAAGAUUUCGGCGAAAUGGAAGUCAGCGACAGGAAAGAAAAUAUCGGCGAAAUCGGACUUAGCGAAAGGAAGAAAUAUUCCGGCGAAAUUUGGAGGAGACGGCUACGUACGGCCCCGCCUACUCUGGUAGCACCGUACGACGGCGCUUGGAAGGAUUCUGGGCCCGCCUCCAUUUGAGGUAACGCCGUUAUCGUACUCCGUUAUAUGAAACUCCUUGUACACUUGACGUUUUUUGUCUUCUUUCUGUUUUUUUGGGGGAAAUUUGGUAUAUUACAAGUGAGAGUGGUUAUUUCGGGUGUGGGUAUUGAUGGUAACUAAGAUUGGAUAUUGUUGAAACGGCUGUUGUACGACGCCAUUAUUUGUUACUUUCUGUACUUUUUUCCUCAGUUUUCUUUCUCUUGUUUUCUUUCCUUUUAUUUGAAUCGAGAAAUAAUUCGUAUUGUAAAUGAGAGUAGUUAUUUUGGGUUAGGAUGUUUAUGAAAGUUUGUGAGGUUUGAUGAA